AUGUUCAUCUAUACAAGAUUGUUUGAUAGAGGAGAUUCAACAAUAAAUGAUAUUGAAAAUAUUCAAUUAAAUACUCAAUUCAUUUAUGAUAAUCAAACUAAACAAGAAUAUGAAUUGAAAAUUCUUUCAUUAAUACAAUCAUCUUCUUCAUCAACAUUAGCAUCACUUAAUAAUAAAAAUAGUUUUACAAAUUCAAGUGAAUAUGAUAAUUUAAUGAUAAAAGACACAUAUCAAUCAUUAGAAACACAAUCCCCAUUAAAAGUUACAUUUAAUCAAAACUAUCAAUUAAAAUAA